AUGUCGAGCCUCAACGAUACUAUCGGUAAGUCGCUCGAGCGUGCGUGCAAAAGGUGGCAACGAGUACGACAGGCUUUCCUGACACAGUCUUCGUCCCCCGGCUUCGGGCCUUUGUGCGAGCACUCGCAGAUCUGUCGGCAAAUGGCUCUGUGCGAAACGGGACGAUGUCAACGACGACCAAGGUUAGGUCCAGUAGUGGUGGACGUUUCAAAAACCAGGUGGAAGACUUUGAAAGUAUGACCCGAGAGGCGCGGGACGCACAAACCUUCGACCACAAUCUCACGAUGGGGCAGGCGAUUCGGCUCUACAAGAAGGGCAUUUGCUGGUCUUUGCUCCUGUCCAUGGCGAUCAUCAUGGAAGGCUAUGGCGAGUCCUGCCGCUCUCGUCACUGUGACUACUUCUAUGUUCACUGAUGUUGCUAUCACUUCACUGUUCAGACACUGCUUUGUUGCCAUCCUUCUUCGGCUUUCUACCCUUCGUCCGGAAAUGUAAGCCGAGAGCUCCGUAGACUUCGCGCGUAUUCGGCUCGCGUGUCACAGCUUACUACCCUUGUUAACGGAAGAUCAUCCGGGUCUGGUAUCAUCUCACUGAUUCUGGAUCUACCUAUGAUCACCACAUAGAUGGAAAACUGCUGCCCGACGGGACGUACGGCAUCUCGGCUCCGUGGCAAUCAGGACUCUCGAUCGGUGCUCAAGUCGGCUCCAUCGCCGGUGUAUUCCUCAAUGGAUGGCUGGUCGAUCGCUUCGGAUACAAAAAGACCAUGAUUGGCUCCCUAUUGGUUAUGAUCGGGGUCAUCUUCAUUCCCUUCUUUGCCCCGUCGAUCGAGGUGCUCUUUGUGGGUUGCCUUGCGCAAGGAGUUCCAUGGGGUGUUUUUUCCACGCUCGCAUGUGCAUUCGCUUCGGAGGUCUGCUGCACUAAACUUCGCCCGAUCUUGACGACUUGGAUCAACGCGUGCUGGGUUAUCGGCCAGCUGAUCGCCACCGGCGUCCUUCGAGGAUUUCUUGGACGUACGGAUCAAUGGGUACGUCACUACUCAGACGUUUCGGGCUGGUACUGAAAGAUACGACGCUGGCUGACGCUAAGGAAAACAUGAUUGCAGGCAUACCGCGUUCCCUAUGCGCUUCAAUGGUUCUGGCCCGUAAUUAUUUUGACCGGGUGCAUCUUCAUCCCCGAAUCCCCGUGGUACCUCGCCCGAAAGGGACGAGAUGAGGAAGCUGUCAAGUCCGUUAGGAGAUUGACUACCCCGGAGGAAGGCUCCGAAUUUUCGCCCGAGGCCAGCGUCAAACUCAUGUCGUACACCAACAAGCUUGAAGAGAGUAUUUCUGCCGGGAUUUCCUACAUUGACUGCUUCAAAGGCAUCGAUCGACGACGAACCGAGGUCGGUCUCCCGUGUCGUUCUGUUGUCAUCCCCGACGUCUCCUUGAAGCUAACCAGAUUGGUAUCCACAUUCUUUGUCAUUAGAUUGCGUGCACUGUCUGGUCGAUCCAGAACUUGUGUGGAUCAUCUUUUAUGGGUUAUUCGGCCUACUUCUUGCAGCAAGCCGGCUUCUCCGCCGAAGAUUCAUUCAAUUUAACCCUCGGACAAUAUGCGCUUGGUCUAGUCGGGACGUGCUCGUCGUGGAUCUUGAUGUCGCAUGCGGGGCGAAGGAACAUCUACACGUACGGACUUGCGGCCCUCUGUGGCAUUCUCUUUAUUAUUGGAUUUAUGGGAAUCGCCAACAGCGUGUCCGCCGUCCGAGCGGUCGGUGCGAUGCUCCUUCUUUAUACGUUCAUCUACGACCUCUCCGUCGGUCCCGUCUGCUACUCGCUCGUCGCCGAAAUGUCUUCGACUCGCUUGCGUGCCAAGACGGUCGUACUGGCUCGAAAUUUCUAUAACCUUUUCGGCAUCGUGAACUAUGUCAUCAUGCCCCGCUUCCUCAACCCCGAAGCCCUAGGUCAGCAUUCGUGCCCAGCUUGAAGGCUCUCAGGAUUGUCGCUCACUGUGGAAACCAUGUCUUUCUCCGCAGACUGGGGGCCAAAGACCGGUUUCUUCUACGCAGGUACGUUCAGAAAUAAUUGUUAGCUGUGGCCCCAAACGCAAGCUUCCGUGAACGCUAACCCGCCCCCCCUCGUCGAUGAUCCGAUCCAGGCUUUUGCUUCCUGUGCACCGUCUACUGCUACUUCCGCUUACCCGAACCCAAGGGGCGUUCCUUCGGAGAGCUUGACGUUUUGUUCGAACAAGGUGUAUCCGCUCGAAAGUUCUCCUCGACCCAUGUCGACCCUACGUCGGCUUCGCAUUCGCCUUCGGCGUUGCUCGAGAACUUUGGGAUCGAUCCCGACAAGGCGAAGAAAGGGUCGACGCAGCACCACGAGAAGGCCGCGUCUGCGGUCUGA